CGACUGAAAGCGGCGUUACUAAGCAAAUAAGCAAUAGCGAAACUUAGCGCGUGCGGCGAGUAAACGACGGCGGAGCAAUGGUCGGAGUUCUCUCUCAUAAGAUCCAAAAAGAUCAACUGAAUCCGGGGGAUCACGUUUACUCAUGGAGGCACAACUAUCUCUAUGCUCAUCACGGGAUAUAUGUUGGUGAUGGAAAGGUUAUUCAUUUCACACGGGCUGCAGGUCAUGAGAUUGGAACAGGAACUGUCUUAGACAGCUUUCUUUUCAGCUCUUCACCUGUGAAGCCCUUAGACCCCCCAUGCCCAAGAUGUGGUGAUCAAUCAGUGACUGAAGGUGUAAUCGUAUCCUGCCUUGAAUGUUUUCUUUAUGGUGGGGAACUCUAUAUUUUUCAGUACGGUGUUUCUCCAGCUUUUUUUCUUGCCAAAGUUCGAGGAGGAACGUGCUCACUUGCCCGGUCUGAUCCAAUGGAGCAGGUACUUCAUCGAGCUGAAUAUCUGCUUCAGAAUGGUUUUGGGGUUUACAACCUGUUUAAGAACAACUGUGAGGAUUUCGCAAUCUACUGCAAGACUGGUUUGCUUGUCUAUACAGAUCUAAGUGUAGGCCGGAGUGGACAGGCAGCUUCCGUUUUAGCAGCUGUGAGUGUAAUCGCCUCAUCACCGCUUCGUUUCUUGACUACCGGCAUUGGUGGUCUGUCAGCCGUGGGAUGUGGCAUUUAUUGUGUCAGCCGGAUUGUUUCUGAUAUUGGAGUGCGUCGGGAUGUCACAAAGAUACACGUGGAAAAGCUCGUUGCCCGUUUUAGCCCAGGCCUGGCUGAGUCUAGAGCUGGAACGUCUGAUAGCCAAGUGCGUGAUGGUUUUCCAAAGACACCAGUCGAGAGUCCAAUUGGCCACUCUAGCCCUGACCCUGAGCCUGAAACUGCAACAUCCAUCUAACAGUGUAGUAUGUGACAACAUCACAAAGAGUAUUGCCACAGGCUCUAGCGUUUCUGAGUCUGAAGCUGAAAGAUCUGAUAGCGGAGCCUGCUGUGAUCUCACCAUCGAGAGGCUUGCCAUUUGUCAAUUGGUCUAGCCUGCCCGAGACGAAAGCUGGAACUGAUGCUGAAAAGGAGUCGUAAUUCUUGUUGUGUGUGUUAUAUAUGUAUUCUGCGUGUGUAUGUAGUGCUCAUCUCCAUAGCCUGUAAGCCUGCCUGCAUGGCUAUUAGGCACAUCAGAGUGAGUAAGUUUUUGUGAUAUAAUUAUGAUAUUGACAUAA